UCAGUCGCUGUCACUGUCACUAGCAGUUUGGAUAAUUCGCUAGUGGAAAUUUAGUGCACUCAUUUACAAAGCAUCAUUUGCAUGCAGAGACAUCAAAAGAACAUUUAAAUAACUGACACAUUGACUUCAAGUAUGCCAAGAAAGAGACUAGCAAAACAUCCUAAGAAACAUUAUGCCAAAAAGUGAUCCUCCUACAAAUAAGAAGAACGUUUUUUCAAAUUUUGUGUACCAGACAAACUACAGGUUCAGGAAGGGUUUCAAAUCUGGAUCAUUCGUCGAUAGUAAGAAUUAUACCGAUAAACCCAUUCAGAACACUAGUACCCAGACAAAUUUUUGUUCGUCUACCACGUUAAAUCUAAGUGUAACUCCUAGAAAAAUAGAUAUUUUUAGAGAAAAUUGUACUCAAACCAGUAAGACGGUCAUCGUUCAGAGUCCCAAAGAUUGUGGUACCGAUAGAUUGUCCAUGGAUAGUUUGAGCCCAAGAUAUGAUGGCAGAAGACAUUGCGCAGGUGAUACUUUGGAGUUAGCGAAACAACCAAAGAAAAACCCUGAUAUGCCAUUUCAGCGAAAGACAGACGUGAUACGUUACCUGAACCAGUGUGAAGAAAGUCAGAAGACUCAAGAGUGUCACAGUCACCAACCUCAUGGACUUCUAGCUGGAAAUGCAUUAACAAAAGUGUAUUUGGAAAAGAAUCGGAGUAAAAUAGGGACCAUUGCUACAGAAAACAUAUCUGAUACUGCAAGAAACCUCGUUUCUGAUCUGCAGCUGAACACCAAAUUGAAAAGUCAGUCAUACGUCCUAGAAAGAUCGUCUGUUGUCAUAAAAAGCCCGAGGCCACUGGUAAGAUUCAGAGUGAAGCCCUCUUCGCAUCUGCAAGUGCACGACAAGACAAAAUCAAUGAACUACUUUCUUCACCCGUCAAUGAACAUCAUUUCGCCGAGAGGAGGUGACGAUUCGGUUGGAUCCAGAAAAAACACUUCUUUCAUGUCUCCAACCAUUUCCAGCGAAAGCAAAGACCAAAGUAUUGAAAUCAAUUCUAUCCAAAAGUUGAUAGCGCCAACGAAAAAAGGCAGAACGCCUAGUCCCAAAACGUACAAUGUUAGUAACCAUUCGAAAAAAGUUCCGUACAUUGACAAAAGUGAGGCGACAAUUUUGAUGGAUCGCAAAGUUGGUGACGAUGAGGAUAUAGCAAGAAUUAGUUUGAAGUCAUCCUGUAACGAAAUAUCUUCGGAUGCUUCUACGAUAUCUACAGAUUCGGCUUUGACCCAAGCUAUCAGCAAACUCCGAGAUCCGGACUGGAAUACUGCACUGCGUGGACUUGCGGAAGUGGUCGAAAUUGGUCGAAUACUGGAUUCGGACGUGAUUUACCCUCAUAUGACAAUUAUCAACCAGAGGCUGAUAGAACUGAUCAAGAGCCCUCGAUCGCAUGUCAGCAGAACUUCGUGUCAAGCCAUCGGUCAUCUCUUCGAGUACGUUAAAGAUACCAGAAGGCCAGAAUUCGACGAGCUAGUUGAUUCGCUGCUCUUUAAGUGUGCGGACUCAAACAAGUUCAUCCGCCACGACGCCAACCUAGCGCUCGACUGCAUGGUCACCCAUAUCCCCACUUUCCACUCUAUCCGGGCGAUCUGUACCAAAGGACCGGACCAUAAAAAUCCCCUUGUUAGGAUUGCGGCAGCAAGAUUAUUGGUGUGUGCUAUAGUCAUUGCUGGUGUGCAGAACAUUCUACAUCCCCAAAACAACGAGUUCACCAGGAGAAGGAUAAUUCUCAACAUGACCAAAUUUAUGAACGAUCGAGAUGCAGAAGUCAGAAAGUAUGGUGAAAGAGUGUAUAAAAUGUUAUGCAAAGACCGCAUCUUCGACCUGUACUUGAGCAGGUACCUCGAGAGGGAUGUCAUAAGCAAAAUGAAAAAACUCAUGAGAACAGAGAAUGGGCGAAAAUUCUGACUUCACUUAGAAAUAGUAUAUUUUUUUAUUUAUUUAUUAUACCUAGACUUUGUGGCUCAAUGUAAUAAAAAAAACGUAUUUUUAUAAAAACAUUUAUUCCUGUACAUUUUGGCCUGUAAUACUUUCACAUCAAUUGUUUAUAAAACAGACAUCAAAAAGGUGACAGAUUAACAACAAAGAUCUCUCCAUUACAAAUAAAUUGGCAGUUUGUCAACUCGUCAUA